AUGGCGGAAAGCGAGCUGGCCACAAGACCCGGACAGAUGAUCGAUUACAUCAAGCAGGUCUUCAUCACUGGUGAUGUGUCCUGUAUAGGCAAAAAGUGGCCAAAGGAAAUCGCCGAACAAAAACCCGAAUUCGCCGUUGUCCACGUACAAGGACUCCAUUCAGCAGAUGAUCCCGAUUAUAUUUCCCGAGGCCUUGGCAAUCUCUACUUGUUUCGCGAUCAUUCGGCUGUACAGCAGUUCGACAGAUAUCUGAACACAGGAUACCGACAGAUUCGUGCUGGACACGAUUCUAUCGUGGGAAGGUCAGAAGCCGAUGGGUUCAUCAGAAAUACUUUCGGAGAGCAACCAACAGCCCGACGGCAAUUCUACAGGGAAGACGGCACACGCGACAUUUCACAACAGAGGACCGGAUUUCUCCUGACGCGAUUCAGAAUUCAUGGGAAAGAGAUGACAUUCGUCAAUAUCAAUCUGCACUCGGUUCCAUUCGAAGAUGUGAACGAGAUCGUCGAGCAGGUUCAGGUCACAAAAGCUGCACGGAAACGUAACGAAGAGAUCGAAACGCUACUGAGAGAACUAGAGGCCGAAGGUCUACGUGAUGAUGCGAUAAUCGUCGGCGGAGCGUUCAACGCUCAACUUCACGAGACGGACUUGUUGACGUAUCUUGCUAAAACGCAAAUGGUGCAAACUGUAGCAAAGAAAGACGACUCAGGGAAAGUUGAAGCUAUCGAGCAAUAUGACCGACAUGGCAGGGUGAGCUCCAUUUUCUCAUCCAAAAACAGUCAUUUCCAAGAACAAAGUGCUCACUCAUAA